UGCAACGUAACACGUGUUGGGUCGAGUACGUUUAUUUAAAGAGAGAGAAGACGUAGUAGUUUCACCAGAAACACGGAAUUUUCGUCACUGAUUCGUAAGACGAGAAUAAUAGACAAUUGGUACAAAUAGUAUAUACCAAAGAGGAAGGAAGACAGUACAACAAAGAUUGAUUUGCAAUAAAAGAAACACCACCAUAGAUCAUAAAAGAUUCAAGCAUUGCUUCGGCACAGAAGGGCUCUAUGUGCUCCACAUCAGUUUCAGCGAAUGGUAUUUUAGUUUUCAAAAAUAUUGUAUCACGGCAUCAAAGGAGGAACUCAUCCAGAAAUUAUAAGUUUGGCAUACGUCAGAGGCAACAUGCGCAACGAGAUUACUGCAGCAGUACUGUUCUUAGUACAGCUGAUAGAAAAAAACGAAAAAUUUAGUCCUGAUCAAUUGGAGUGUUUCAAAAGACGUUUAGUCGAGUUAUUAACUGAACGUUUUAAAAACCAUUGGUUUCCUGAUAAACCAUUUAAAGGUCAAGGUUACCGUUGUAUUCGCGUCAAUGGCCAUAAUCGGAGGGAUGCAACUUUGGAGAGUGCUGCUAAUGCUGCUGGAGUCAAAUAUGAAGAUCUUUCCUUACCAGUAGAAUUAACACUUUGGGUUGAUCCUAAUGAAGUUUGCUGCCGAUUCGGGGAAAGUAAAGGAUCCUAUUGCACAUUGGCAUCUUUUGACGACAAAGAAAAUACUGUACCAAUUUUCCAAGGAAGCAACGGAAGAUUAGAAAAGGAAAACAAACAAUCUGAGGGGCAGACUAAGAUACAGAAAUCCCCUCUGACUAUUAAUACAGAACAACAAAAAUCAAAACCACUAAGCUCUGCUAAUCAAAAUCACCAGCAUAGUAAUAAUGGUACAGGUAGGAGACGUAAUUUGAAUAGCCCCAGGCUACACCUUAACAGAAAUCGUUCGUGGUUUGGUCACUCCUUCAGUAUGGGAUAUGGUCCUCAUCCAAUAAGUCAACCAUGGUAUAACAUUAUGCCUCCUCACUUUUUGGGUGGUCCAUCUCCACCUUCUUUCAUGGGUCAUAGAGGAAACAAAUGGAUCCAUCCACCCUCCUAUCCAACAGGACCUGCCCGUUUUCACCAUUGGUCUCCCAAAGCUGCUCUUAAAGUAUAAACAAGCCCUCCUUAUGAAAGUAGUUAAGAAAUCUGUUCCUUCGUAUAAAAAGGAAAGAUAUGAAAUUGUUUUGUCAAUUCAGAAAUUUUAUAUUUCAGUCUAAAUAUAUACAACAUUUAUACCAAUAUCGAAAAAAAAAUAACAUUCUUUAGAUUGUAUUCUUUAAAAGAAGAAAUUAAAUA